AUGGGCGCCGAGUCGCUAGCAGGCGGAGAGCCGAGCACUGUGGAGCAAUUGAUCGACAGGCAGAAGCUUGCGGCCCCAAUCAAAACUGCAGUGGACAAGUUCCAGCUUGUUCCCGAGUUCUUGAAGGUGAGAGGAUUGGUGAAGCAGCACUUGGAUUCAUUCAAUUACUUUGUGAAUAUUGGUAUAAAGAAGAUUGUGCGAGCCAAUGAUCGCAUUGCAUCCACGGUUGAUCCCAGCAUCUACAUCAGGUUUAAAGAUGUGAGAAUUGGCACCCCUACUGUGGUAGUGGAUGGUGUUAGUGACAAACUUGCUCCCCACACAUGCCGGUUAUCUGACAUGACGUACACUGCACCAAUAUUGGUGGAUAUAGAGUAUAUUCAAGGAAGUAAUGAUCAGAAGUACAGAAGAGAAAAGCGGGAUAUUUCUAUUGGAAGAAUGCCUGUCAUGUUACGGAGUCAAUGCUGUGUAUUAUAUGGAAAGGAUGAAGCUGAACUUGCCAAACUUGGUGAAUGCCCUCUUGAUCCUGGAGGUUAUUUUGUCGUCAAAGGAACAGAGAAGGUGAUCUUAAUACAGGAGCAGCUAUCAAAGAACAGAAUCAUUAUUGACACUGACAAGAAGGGGAACCUGACAGCAUCUGUUAUGAGUAGUACAGAGGCAACAAAGAGUAAAACAGUUAUCGUGAUGGAAAAGGGGAAGAUGUAUUUGUCCCUUAACCAAUUUACAACAAAGAUACCUAUAAUGGUGGUCAUGAAGGCUAUGGGAAUUGAAAGUGAUCAAGAGGUUGUUCAAAUGCUAGGAAGAGAUCCUCGAUAUAGUGCACUACUCCUUCCAUCUCUUGAGGAAUGCGCAAGUCUUGAUAUCUUUACACAAGAAAAAGCAUUGAAAUACCUCGACAAUAAGAAAGACGGGAGGGCUUUGUCUAUCCUUAGGGACAUAUUUCUUGCUAAUGUUCCAGUUCACAACAAUAAUCUCCGCCCAAAAUGCAUUUAUGUUGCUGUAAUGCUCAGAAGAAUGAUGGAGGCUAUUUUAAACAAGGAUGCAAUGGAUGACAAGGAUUAUGUGGGAAACAAAAGGUUGGAGCUGUCAGGGCAGUUGAUAUCCUUGCUCUUUGAGGACUUGUUUAAGACAAUGAUCACGGAGGUUGAGAGGCAAAUUGAUUAUGGUCUCACCAAGAAAGUUCGAUCAAGCCAGAGUGAUCCUUCUCAGUAUUUACUUAGGGACAGUAUAUCCAAUGGGCUAGAGAGAGCACUCUCCACUGGCAAUUGGGAUGUCAAGCGGUUUAGAAUGAACAGGAAAGGAGUUACACAGGUAUUGGCUAGGUUAUCCUUCAUAGGAUCUCUGGGUUACCUGACAAAAAUUAUGCCCCAAUUUGAGAAGUCGAGGAAAGUCAGUGGACCCAGAGCAUUGCAACCAAGUCAGUGGGGUAUGCUUUGUCCUUGUGAUACUCCGGAAGGUGAAGCUUGUGGACUGGUGAAGAAUUUGGCCCUAAUGACUCAUGUUACAACUGAUGAAGAGGAUGGCCCGUUAAUUUCUCUAUGCUACUGUUUAGGAGUAGAAGACCUCGAGCUUCUCUCUGGGGAAGAGCUUCACACUCCAAAUUCUUUCCUGGUCAUGUUUAACGGGCUGAUUCUUGGCAAACACAGGAGGCCUCAGCAUUUUGCUCAUGCGAUGAGAAAGCUGCGAAGAGCAUGCAAAAUCGGCGAGUUUGUGAGCAUAUUUGUUAAUGAAAAACAGCGUGUUGUUUAUAUUGCUUCUGAUGGAGGUCGAGUGUGUCGUCCACUGGUUAUUGCAGACAAAGGCAUAUCAAGAGUCAAAGAGCACCAUAUGAAGGAGCUUCUGGAUGGUGUUCGUACUUUUGACGACUUCUUACGAGAGGGAUUGAUCGAGUAUCUUGAUGUGAACGAGGAGAAUAAUGCUUUGAUUUCUUUAUAUGAAGGGGAGACUACUCCUGAGACCACUCAUAUUGAGAUAGAACCAUUCACCAUAUUAGGUGUUAUUGCUGGGCUAAUUCCAUAUCCUCAUCAUAAUCAGUCUCCAAGAAAUACGUAUCAGUGUGCCAUGGGGAAGCAAGCUAUGGGGAACAUAGCAUACAACCAGUUAUGCCGGAUGGACACGCUACUUUACUUGCUGGUGUAUCCUCAGCGCCCUUUGUUAACGACAAGGACAAUUGAACUGGUGGGAUAUGACAAACUUGGAGCUGGCCAAAAUGCGACUGUUGCUGUCAUGAGUUAUAGUGGCUAUGACAUAGAAGAUGCCAUAGUCAUGAACAAGUCAUCUCUGGAUCGUGGAUUUGGUCGUUGUAUAGUUAUGAAGAAGGCGUCUUGCAUUAUGAAUCGGAGGUAUGAUAGUGGGGCUUCAGACAGGAUAGUGAGGCCACGUGGACUAGACAAGGACAGGGAAAGGAUCUUGGACGUUGACGGACUUGCUGCACCUGGACAAAUAAUCAGACCAAAUGAUAUCUAUAUCAAUAAAGAGUCCCCAACUGAAACCAGGGAUCAUAAAUCUGCAGAGGCACUAGCUGAUAUGAAAUAUAGGCCUAGUAUGCAAUCUCACAAAGGGCCUGAAGGAGAGUCGUGCGUUGUAGACAGAGUUGCUCUGUCUACUGACAAGAAUAACAACAUGUGUAUCAAAUUGAUAAUUCGUCACACCCGUAGGCCAGAGUUGGGUGACAAAUUUAGUAGCAGACAUGGUCAAAAAGGUGUCUGUGGAACAAUCAUUCAACAAGAAGACUUUCCAUUUUCUGAGCGUGGCAUUUGCCCUGAUUUAAUUAUGAACCCGCAUGGAUUUCCUAGUCGAAUGACAGUCGGGAAGAUGAUAGAGCUUCUUGGAAGUAAGGCUGGAGUUUCUUGUGGUAGAUUUCAUUAUGGUAGUGCAUUUGGCGAACCAAGUGGUCAUGCAGACAAGGUUGAUGCUAUAAGUGAAACUCUUGUCCGUCAUGGCUUUAGCUACAAUGGGAAAGAUAUGAUCUAUUCAGGAAUAACGGGAUGUCCACUGCAAGCAUACAUUUUUAUGGGGCCUAUAUACUACCAGAAGUUGAAACACAUGGUCCUAGAUAAAAUGCAUGCUAGAGGUAUGGGCCCUCGGGUUAUGCUUACUAGACAGCCCACCGAAGGAAGAGCUCGAAACGGCGGACUUCGAGUUGGCGAAAUGGAACGAGACUGUUUGAUUGCAUACGGAGCUAGCAUGUUGAUUUUUGAGCGCCUGAUGCUUUCAAGCGACCCGUUUGAAGUUCAGGUCUGCGAAGCUUGUGGUUUGUUAGGAUAUUACAACCAUAAGCUGAGAAGUGCGUUUUGUUCCACGUGCAAGAAUGGAGACAAUAUCGCGACGAUGAAACUACCCUAUGCUUGCAAGCUUUUGAUUCAGGAACUUCAAUCUAUGAACAUUGUUCCGCGACUUAAACUCCAGGAGGCAUGA